CCGUCUCCUGACUCCGGCCUCGGCGGGGUGGCCUCCAUUAGUGUCGCGCGGAACCCCGAAAGCGAAGCCGCUCUGGGGAGUUAGUGCACCGACUCCCGGGCCCCAAGCUUUCAGAUUGAAAGGAGGAAUUUCGCAAAGCCUCCGGAAGCCAGAACCCACGCUGUACCCCGUAGCGGAUGUCCACUGUCACCAAGAAGCUGGACUCUGCAGAUCUGAUUAGGGUAACAGGUUAACCAGGUCGAGUUGGAGAAGGAGGACCCUGUCUCAGAAGCAAAAGCAAGUCAUAUCCCGAGAGGCAUCAUGUCCAAUUUCGAAGAUGCUGAUACGGAAGAGACAGUGACUUGUCUCCAGAUAACUGUUUACCAUCCUGGCCAGCAGCAAAGUGGAGUAUUCCAAUCAAUAAGGUUUUAUAACCGAGAUAAACUUCCUUCCAGCGAAGUGGUGAAAUUUGGCCGAAAUUCCAACAUCUGUCAUUAUACCUUUCAGGACAAACAGGUUUCCCGAGUUCAGUUUUCUCUGCAGCUGUUUAAAAAGUUUGAUAGUUCAGUUCUCUCUUUUGAAAUUAAAAACAUGAGUAAGAAGACCAGUCUGCUUGUGGACAACAAGGAGCUGCGCUACCUAAAUAAAAUAGACCUGCCUUACAAGUGCAUGGUCAGAUUUGGUGAGUAUCAGUUCCUGAUCGAGAAGGAAGAUGGAGAGUCAUUAGAGUUUUUUGAGACUCAAUUUAUUUUGUCUCCAAGAUCACUCUUGCAAGAAAACAACUGGCCACUCCAGAAGCCCAUACCUGAGUAUGGUUGUUACUCAUCCUGCCUCACCCAAAACACUUCUCCUACAGAAAUGGAUGAAAAUGAACUGUGAACACGGAGGGCUGAGAGGAGAAUCAUGAAGGAUGAAGAAAUCUAUAGACAUUUUAUGGAUACUUCACAGUUUAUUAGUAUAUUACAGUCAUCUGUUGUCAAAUUUGGCAUCUCUUAUUAUCAUUUUGAAGUCUUUAAAUUGUAUUAGUCAUCAGUUAAGUCAUUUGUUACAUACCUAGAUGUAUUUUGGAAUUACUGUGUAUUAUUAAGAAUUAUUAAGCAUAUUUAAGUGUAUAUCUGUGAGGGUUAAUGUACAAGAAGUAUCCGUGCUGAUGAAGGGAUAGUGUUCUCAGUAGGAUUAUUUUCUUUUUAUGCUUGCUUUUAGUCCUGUGUUUUGUUUUGUAAGGAACAGUCUCUUGGUUUGGUCAUAUUAUUUCACAAGUAGCCGUUUUUCAAGGUCAAGGCUGUGGGUGUGUUGUUACUGGUGGUUUAGCCUGUUGGUACCUGCAGUACUAGAGUACUAGCCUAAUGUGUUUUGGAGAACUGUCAGUGCAUCAUUGUGGUUUUAGUAUAGGAAGCCCUAUCUGAGCAAUAAUACCUUUUCUAUGAUUUCCUUUCUGUAGAAUAAUAGUGUUUAUUCCCAAAAAUAGAAUUUUCCUUGUAUAUAUUCAGUAUCUAAAACCAGUAUUUUGGACAUUUUAAUGAACCACUGCUGUGUUUAGGAUUCUUUUUCAGUUUUCUUACCAAACAUUGACUUUUAUGUACCAUUCAUUUUUAAAUUCCAUGAAUUUGAAAUUUUAACAACAUUCAUGCAUAUAAUAAAGUCAAAGUUUAAUUCUGUAA